AUGAAUUUAAAGCUCUCGAUCGGAAUUUUUUUGAAUAUCCUUUCGGCAGCCGCCAGCGCUGUGUUCACCGGCGGGCUGGUCGGCAUCGCGAGCAGGUUCUCCCGGGAGUACAUGGCGGCUGUGGUUGCUGGCCAAUCGCUGGGCGGUAUAAUAGCGGCCAUAGCGCAGAUAGUGUCGCUAGCGUUCAAGAUAUCGCCGCUGCACAGCGCCCUCAUCUACUUCGUGAUCGCCGACGUCAUGGUGAUCAGCUCGCUGGUCUCCUACGCGCUGCUGCACAGGAUAGACUUCUUCGCCCACCACGCCCUGGGCCGGGCCGGCGCCCCACAAAACCGGCACCGCGACGCCCCCAUGUGGCUCAUACUGAGGAAGAUAUGGGUCUACGCGUUCAGCAUAUUCGCCGUGUUCGCGAUCAGCAUGGCGGUAUACCCCGCCGUGACGGUGCUGGUGGAGUCGCACCCGGUCACAAAGGGCACCGACUGGAACAACAUAUUCUUCGUGCCCGUCGUCAACUAUCUGAUAUUCAACUGCGGUGACUAUUCCGGACGGCUGGUGGCCGGGUUCCUGUUGAGGCCCACCAACCAGUGGCUGAUCGCCGGCGCCAGCGUCCUGAGGGUCGUGGGGGUCCCGAUGCUGAUGCUGUGCAACGCGCAGCCCAGGACUCACCUGCCCGUCCUAUUCCUGUGGGACUACGAGUACAUAAUGAUCAUGAUCGUUUUCGCCUUCACCAACGGCUACCUCACCAACAUCGUGAUGAUCAACGCCACGCGGGUUGUCGAUCUACACGAAAGGGAGAAAGCUUCUUCAGUCAUCGCGACGAUGUUAAGUGUCGGCCUAACAGUUGGAGCCGCUAUCGGAAUGCUGCUGGUUCGACUCCUG